AUGUCCUCCGACGAACAGCAACCACUUCUGGAUACCCCUAGAAAACCGCGUACCCCAUUACCAAAGGCUCAACUCGCCGUCGUCUAUGCUAUCAAGAUCACUCUCCCGAUCGCACAAACACAAGUCCUUCCAUACUUCAAUGUAUUCAUCCAAAACCUUGCCGCCUCUGAAGGCGCCGAUACCGGCUACUAUAGCGGACUCGCGCACAGUGUAUACUACGGAGCCCAGCUCGUAAGCAUGUUCAUCUGGGGGCGACUUUCUGAUAGUAUCGGACGCGUACCGGUACUCGCCAUUGGGACGUCGGGAACCGCUCUCUUCAGCGUGCUCUUUGGCUUCUCGGGGUCGCUUUCCGGUGUACUUAUCAACCGACUGCUAGCCGGAUUCUUCUACGGGAUCACCGGGGCUAUACAUUCGGUCGUUGGUGAGCUCUCCGACGACACCAACAAGUCCAUCGCUUUCCCUUUGUACGACGUCGUCAGCGCAGUGGCCUACGUCAUCGGUCCACUCAUUGGAGGAGCGUUGGAGAGUCCCGCUGAUAAGUGGCCAGACACUUUCUCGAGCCCAUGUGGCGCACCUAUCCGUAUCUUCUUCCCAGCAUGGUCUCUGCUCUUCUGUCCGCAGCGGCAUCACUUCUGGCUGUAUUCGCUCUCAGAGAGCAAGAAGAAGCCCGAGGCUAUUCCACCAUCAGAGCUCGACGCACUCCUGUCCCCUUCAACGUCACCUGUGCCCAACAACCAACCUGCCGCUGCCGAACCCAUGAGCGUCAAGGAGCUUAUCUCAAUACCCGUCUUCCCAAUUCAAAUCGGAAGCUCGCUUUCUGCCAUGGGAUUCGUGUCGAUCUUCCUCAAACUCCUCCUGCCUCCUGUUCUCCGCGCACGCGGUACGCUCUCCGUCUUCGCGUGGUGUAUGCGGGUUUGGCCGCUUGCGUUCGCUGCGCUUCCCUUGGCCGCGUGGGCCGCUCGCGUUGGGACGGCAGAGACAAAGUGGACAAUGGUCGCCGGGGCCCUGUUCCUCUCGCGACUAGGAUGCAUGGCGUUUGGGGUGGUUAUGAUCCUCACCAGAGAUUACACUCCGGGAUCGGCCUCCUUGGGUACCUCAAACGGGAUCGCCGAGGAGCGUCGACCACUCCUUGAGAGCGAGAGGAAGAGGGUAAACCCUCUUCCAAAGUCCCAAUUCCUUGUGAUAUGCGCCAUCAAGCUCACGCUGCCCGUCGCGCUCACACAAGUGCUCCCGUACGUCAACGUGUUCAUCGGUAAGCUCGCUGCUUCUGCGGGAGCGGACACGGGCUACUACAGUGGCUGGGCGACCAGUACAUUCCAUGCAGCGCAAUUCGUGGGCAUGUUUGUGUGGGGUCGAACAUCUGACAAAAUUGGAAGAAUACCCGUCAUUGCCCUCGGCACCUCAGGGACUGCUUUCUUCACGCUGCUUCUAGCAUUCUCGGGUUCACUCUCCACUCUGCUGGUGAACAGGCUGUUGGCCGGGUUCGUGUACGGGAUCACCGGGGCGAUCCACUCCGUCGUUGGGGAAAUAUCCGAUGAAACGAACCAAACACUGGCUUUUCUGCUGUACGACAUCGUCUCAGCUGUGGGCUUCACGAUGGGACCAUUGAUCGGAGGCUCGCUCGAGAGCCCCGCGGACAAGUGGCCGGCACUGUUCUCCAGUCCACUUUGGUGCACAUACCCUUACCUGCUUCCCUGCCUGGUAUCUGCCCUGUUGUCAGUAGGAGGUGCCUUGUUGGCUGUACUCGUCCUGAACGAGACCUUACCUAGCAAGCGAACACCAACUAAACCAUCCGCGACCUCACCUUCCGACCCAGAAGCUCCCCUCCUCCCCGUCCCUUCAGUACCCCCAGCAGAGCCACUCGGGCCGCUCACCGUACCACAGCUACUCUCAAUCCCCGCGCUCCGCGCCGUCUUCGCUGCCAACGGCGUGCUCGCCUUCUUUGGCGCUUCCUUCACCACCGUCUUCGUCCUCAUGGCCUACUCCCCGCUCGCCGACGGCGGCCUCGCGCUCUCCCCCUCCGAGAUCGGCCACGCGCUCUCCGCGAUGGGCCUCGCCUCGAUCCCGCUCAAGCUCUCCCUCCCGCCCGUGCUCCGCGCGCGCGGUCCGCGCGCGACGCUCGCCGCGACGAUGUACGCCUGGCCGCUCACGUUCGCCGCGCUGCCCCUCGCCGCGCUCGCUGCACGCUCCUCAUCGACGGGACGCGGGGAGACGUGGGCCGCAGUCGCCGCCGCGCUCUUCUUCUCGCGGCUCGGCUGCCUCGCGUUCUCGAUCGUGAUGAUCCUCACGAAGGACCACACGCCUGGGUCGGCGUCGCUCGGGACCGCGAACGGGAUCGCGGAGCUGCUACAGUCGCUCGCGGCGACGGCCGGGCCCGUUGUCGUCAGCCCGCUGUUUGCUUUGUCGGCCUCGCGGCAUCUCUUAGGAGGAUACCUCUGGGUUGUGGCGAUGCUUUUCGCGUGCGCGCUGGGAUCGCGCUCGCACACUGGAUGA